AAUAGUGACAGGUCAAAAUACAGACAUUAUGGCGGACGAACGAAUGGAUGAGUCUCGUAAAACCAUGAAAAUCACGGUUAAAACACCGAAAGAAAAGCAGGAAAUGGAAAUUGAUACUCAUGCCCACGUUAAGGAGUUACGAGAAAUGGUGUCACAAAAAUUUAGUGCACCAGUUGAACAGCUUUGUUUGAUAUUUGCUGGAAAAAUACUGAAAGAUGAAGACACUCUAGAACAGCAUCAAAUAAAAGAUGGUUUGACAGUUCAUCUUGUGAUAAAAUCAUCAAACAGGUCACAAGAACAAGCUGCACAGAGAGCUGCCCCUGCAUCCAGUCCAUCAGCUGGAGGAACAACAAUACCUAGUUCUACACCUGGGUCGCAGCCUGAUGUUGGACAGACCCCAUUUGGACUUGGUGGCCUAGGAGGUUUAGCAGGGCUUGGUAACUUGGGAAUGGGAUCAGCAAAUUUUAUGGAGAUGCAACAAAGAAUGCAAAGAGAGAUGAUGGGUAACCCAGAUAUGUUACGACAGAUGAUGGAUAAUCCCAUGGUCCAAUCUCUGAUGUCCAACCCUGACGUGAUGAGACAAAUGAUUACUAGCAAUCCACAGAUGAGAGAAUUAAUGGAGAGAAAUCCAGAGAUAACACACAUGCUGAACAACCCAGAACUUAUGAGACAGACAAUGGAACUAGCAAGAAACCCAGCCAUGAUGCAGGAACUGAUGAGAUCACAAGAUAGAGCCAUGAGUAAUUUAGAAAGUUUACCCGGUGGAUUCAAUGCCUUACAAAGAAUGUACAGAGAUAUACAAGAACCAAUGUUGAAUGCAGCACAGGAAGGAAUGGGACAAAAUCCAUUCUCUGCUUUAAUAGGUAGAGGAGGAGGAACAGAGAGUGAACAACAGGGUAGAGAAAAUACAGAUCCCUUGCCAAACCCCUGGGCUCCAGGAUCAACUCAGUCAUCUAGCACCCCCUCAACAACAACAACCCCAGCCACAUCUUCUGGGACAUCAUCAACACCUAGACAGCCACAAGGAAUGUUUGAUAGUCCUGGAAUGCAAAGUUUAAUGUCCCAGAUUACACAAAACCCACAGUUAAUGGAAAAUAUGUUACAAGCUCCAUACAUGCAGGCCAUGUUGCAGAAUUUAUCUUCAAAUCCAGAAAUGGCACAAAAUAUGUUAUCUGCUAAUCCAAUGUUUGCUGGUAACCCACAGUUACAGGAACAAAUGAGAACACAGCUACCUAAUAUGGUGCAACAGUUACAAAAUCCAAAUGUACAAAGUUUUUUGACCAACCCCAGAGCAAUGCAGGCCAUGAUGAGAAUUCAGGAAGGAAUGCAAGAACUUGAACAAGAAGCACCAGGAUUGUUUCCAGGGAUGAAUCCAUUGCUAACAAGACCUCAACAAACAACAACAGAUACACCUACCACAGGAUCAACAUCCACCUCCCUGACGAGUCCAACAUCACCGUCAACAGAUAGUACCUCAACCACCACAACAGCAGAUACUACAACAUCAACAACUACCACCACCACAUCAGCACCAGCACCAGUACCAGGACAAAGUCCAGAACAGAUGUCAAAUUUAAUGGCCCAUAUGAUGAGUCUAAUGGCCCAAGGAACUAAUAAUCAACCACCAGAACAGAGAUAUGCUACAGAAUUAGAACAGAUGGCUGCUAUGGGAUUUAUUGAUCGAGAACAGAAUCUCAGAGCAUUGACAGCUACCAUGGGAAAUGUAAAUGAUGCUAUAGACAGAAUUUUAUCUUCUAGAAGCUGAAUCUUAUUGUUUAGUAUUAUUGUAAAUGUGAAUUAUUUGUGUUAUAAAACUUCAUUUUCUGAAUACUUCAAAUCUUAUCUAGAUAAAAUUGAUUAGCUGUAAACCCAUGCUAUUUUUGGUCUUUGUGGUAAAAACUUCUGCAAAGACAUCAGUGUCCGUGUUUAAUGAUUUCAUAUAGUGUCAAUAUUCAUCAACAGACUGGAAACAGAUUCAUUAUGUUAUGUCACAUAUUUGCAGUUUCCAUAUUUUAAAAUAGAGUUAUUAUAUAUAUUUCAAUUUGUUUUAUACAUGUAUCACUGUAAAAAACUGUUUCAAUUAAAAUCCAACAACUUGCUUAAACAUCACACAUGGUUUGAGUUUCAUGAAGCAACUAAUCCAAUGCAGAAAUUUAUCAGUCAAUUACAGAUUUUUCAUAACUUAGUUUAUUUAUAAUUUUUAGGGAAAUCUUAUGAGGGCUAGACCAUGGAAUGUAAUAAUUAAUCAGAGAGGUUUAUAUAAUGAAAUGAGAUUUGAAUUGCCCAUGAUUUAAACAGAACAAUUGAUAGAAAUAUAACUCAGUUUAAUUUUAAAUUUUAUAUCUGUCCUUAGAAUUAAUUAAAAUUAUCUUAUUUUCUAUCAAAAUGUCUUAUUGAACCAUUAAAUUCUUGAACCCAUUGACCAUUCAUGGUUUUUUAAUGCCAGAUUAUUUGUAUCUGCAGGACAAAGGAUUCAUAAUAGACUCUUAAUUGAAAAGAUUAUCAUUUUUAAUAUGUUUUUCCUGGUUGCUAUAGGUAGACAAUAUUUUAGAUGUCAGACAAUCAAUGGUACCACAAACAUAAUCUGUAUACAUAACUUGUACAAAUAGGUUUCAACAGGAUCCUGGAUGUCCUUUAUCAUUGUUUGAAGCUCAUCCUUAGUUAAUUCAGACCAGAAUUUCUUGCAAAAGUAACAAUUUUUUUUUAAUUUAUGCCACACUUUCUCCAAUUUUUCCUGUGUACCAAAUCUUGAGAAGGUUAGAACAGGGUAUCACAUGCACAUUUCUAUUAUGAUAUACUUGUAGACUGAUAUGUGAUGCAAUAUAAUAUAUGACUAAAAGGAGAUGUGGGGUGCCCAAGUUAAUAAGUUCAUCCUAUAUAUUAUUUACAGGAUAAUAUUUGUAUACAUGAUAUAUAUCUAAAAUACAAAAACAUGUUCCAUGGAAUUUUCGAUAUUUUUGGAUAAUGAAAAUAUAGUGACAUGAUAAUAUAUUCAAACUUAAAAGUCAAUGAUCUUUUGUUUCUUAUUAAGAAACACAGCAAGUAAAGGAUUUGAAAAAAAAUUAAAUUAAGCGUUUUCAAACAAAAUGAUUCAUGGUUAUGAAGAUGAAAAACACUAUUUGAAAACAUGCAAAUGUAAUUAUUGAUUUACUGCAGAAGACAGACUCGAACACUUUUGUAAUUUCUGAAAGUAUUGAAGAACAAGACAGUUUUCAGUUAUUCAAAGCAUUUAGCUUGAUAAAGUGUUCAUUUUGUGUGU